UGUGUCGCUAGAGGGCGCUACGAUCACAGGUGUGUGACCCACAUUAUUUUCUAUGCUAAGCUUCAACCGCCAUAGAAAGACGGAAGUGGACUAACUACCCAGGGAGUGAUGCCAGGAUGCUAAAACCACUACUAGCAUUAAGCUUGGUACUGUCUGUGCAGGCACAGCAGCUGUUUGAUUGCCCAGACCAAUGGUACGCCAAUGAGAACAAGUGUUACAGAUUUGUAGCCUACCCUAGAUCCAACUACGAGGGGGCCUCCGCCAUAUGCAGGGAGGAUGGUGCUGCACUCCUCAGCGUCAAUACCAUCGCGGAACAUCGUUUCAUAGCAAACUGGUUGGAAGAGAAAGACCAGCGAAAAGACGAGUGGUUCACUAGCGGUCAAGUCACUAUCGGGACUUCUGGGGGAAUCAGCUGGAGCGGAGAUGGAACCUUCUCUCGGGGAUUCAGCUUCUGGCUCAAUGAGUCAUUCGCCUUGGAAGAUGGUGCACGGGUCAUCUAUGCAUUUGCAAGUAACAACUAUGGCUGGGCAGUGACACGCACCACUGGAGAGUUGUCCUUCAUCUGUGAGAUUGACCAGACCGAAGCCUAUAGGAUUGUCCAGGAAGAUAGAGACUUUGACUAUGGUUUCGCUACUGAAAACCCCAAUGACAUUCCUCGGGGACCCAAGUUCCUUGUCGAGCCAUCCGACACAACAAUCCUGGGCUCCACUACUGCUGUGUUCAUGGAGUGUGUCGCCCAUGCUGUCCCCGACGCCAAGUACCAGUGGUAUAGGUUUGUGGGUAAUGGAACCUUUGCACUGGAUGCUUCGACUGACAACCGCUACACUCUGACCAAUGGCCGACUGACGAUCAACAAUCCAAAUACUCGUGACGAAGGCUACUAUCAGUGCAAGGCGGAGAACUAUCUCGGAGUAGCUCUCAGCAAGACUGCCCAGCUCUCCUUUGGAGAUCUGGGAGAAUUCUCCAAUGUUGGUGUGGCACCGACUGUGACCAAUGAAUACGAGGGUGCUCAGCUGAAUUGUCCUCCAAUCACAGUGAAGCCAGCGGCCAAGUUUCAGUGGUAUAAAAACAAUGUUGCCAACUUCAUCCGACCGAGUCUGCAGUCCUACAUCUUCAUCUCCAACAACGGCAAGCUCUACUUUUCGGAGGUGACGCGUAUUGACGAGGGGAGAUAUCACUGCAUUGUCUCCCUUACAAGCAGUGACGGGACCAGCAAUUACAUUGGUUCUUCUCAGACUCCAACUAAAUCCAGUCUGGGUUUUAAUCUUGAUGUGAAUUCCAAAGCUGGGGGAAACUACCGACCCAUCAUCCAGGAUGACUUCAUCUCGGUGUUCCCGUCGCAGCCCAAGAAGGGACAAGACAUACAACUAGAGUGCUUUGCUUACGGAACGGGGCCCUUGGUGUACCAGUGGAGUCGCUUGUUGGGGAAGGAGAUGCCGUCACGGGCGAGGUACUCUGACCACAACCGCGUUCUCACCAUCCUCAACGUUGCCCCAGAGGACCAGGGAGUCUACAAGUGCCGUGUGUACAGUUCCACCACAAAGGAAGCCGACGAGAAGGGAUAUUCACUCAGAAUUCAAUCUGAGCCUUACUUCACGUAUCCUCUGAAGGACCAACACACUGACGUGGGGGGACAGUUGACGUGGCACUGUGAGGCGGCAGGCACACCCACACCCACUUACUUGUGGUACAAGGAUGGGGUACAUCUGAGGAAUCAGACCGGCUACUUAACUAUCCACCGGAACGCCCUCACCAUACAGGGCUUGAACAUAGAGCGGGACAGCGGCAUCUACCAGUGCGGCGCUACAAACCAGCACAGCACCGUGUACAGUACAGCUCAACUCAGGGUGCUUGAAUUUGCCCCUUCAUUUGCCAAGCAUCCUCUACAGAGGGGCAUUGCAGCAUCGAGUGGUGGCAACGUCACCAUCAUAUGUGACCCCGAGGCAGCUCCUGCGCCAGAGUAUGAGUGGUUAAAGGGUGGACGUAAUCUUGGUCUGACAAAGGGUGGUGACUCUGGCAACCUCAAAAUGUUGAUGAAUGGAAACUUGUACAUAACAUCAGUGAGAAUGGCUGACGCAGGACGCUACACUUGCAAGGUGACAAAUUCCAUCGGAUCAGCUGAAGACUCCACUGAGCUCAGCAUCGUCUCCCAAACUGUGAUGACCGUGAGACCGAGCAGCGAGGACGUGAACGUCAACUCCACAGCCACACUGAAAUGUGAGGCGUCUGCCAGCCAGAACAUGGACAUGGUGUACUCCUGGAUGUUUAACGAUCACCUCAUUGAUGUCGACAUUAAUCCUUACUACAGAAUGGGUUCCGGGUUGACAAAAGGCUACUUGUAUGUGAUCAAUGCCCAGUUCUACCACGCAGGAGACUACACAUGUAACGCUGCUACCGGACUUGACACGGAGUCAGCUGAAGCUACUCUCAGAGUACUGGGACCUCCUGGCGAGCCGGCUGGAGUCUACCAGGACUUAAAGGUCACUGACAGUUCGAAUCCUCGGACAGUUAAAAUUAUGUGGACUGAUGGAGACAAUCAUGGAGCAGAUGUCCUGUACUACGAUGUGGAGUUUAGAACCAAUUUCAACAACAAGUGGAGGAUUCUCAAAGAACGGAUCCCGAGAGUUGAAGCUAUGGAUGACCUCAACCCAACUAAGAGACAGACGACCUUGAUCAACCUGAAGUCCGGUGCAGGAUAUCAGUUCCGAGUUCGAGCCAUGAACAGAUACGGUCUUGGUCUACCUAGUGUCCCAACUACAACAAUACAGAUUCCAUCAGAUAAACCAUCAAAAGCACCUGAGAAGGUCGGGGGAGGAGGUGGAAAGGUCGGUGACCUCACGAUCACAUGGGAGCCGCUGUCUCUUGAGGACCACAAUGGCCAGCAGCUUGGCUACAAUGUCUUCUGGCGAAAGAAGCCAGUAGGUGGCAGUGAAUCCAAGUGGGAAACGAGAAGAUUAUUGGGCCCCAGCGCAGGAAGCUAUGUCACUCUUGUCGGUCUCGAGAAUUUCUAUACUGAGUAUGAAGUGCAGGUUCAAGCUUUCAAUGAACUGGGCAACGGAAACCGAUCACACAUAGCCCUUGUCAGAUCAGCUGAAGAUCUACCUGUUGGCACCCCCAGCGGCGUCUUCUACGCUGACAGCUUCAACAGCACCUCACUGGUGGUGUUCUGGAACCCCGUGCCCGACAACAAGAAGUUCAUGAAGGGAAAGCUGAUUGGAUACAAGGUAAACUACUGGAUGAGACUCGGAGAGACUGAGAUCGAGGCCGUUCAGAGCAUCUACGAAGGUCAGAUAGACAACGCCCUUAUUAUCGGUUUGCAGCCAGACACGUGGUACACCGUCAACGUUCAAGUGUACAACUCCGCUGGAAACGGACCCAAGAGCGAGGACUACCAUCAGAGCACAGACAGACUGGCUCCCCAGCUGUACCCGACAGAAGUGCAUGUGUUCUCCUACUCCAGCACCCAGGUGUAUGUGUCUUUCCGUGGUGUGAGUACGCAGGUGUACGAGGAACCACUACAGGGGUAUAAGGUGCAAUACUGGCGUAAUGCCGAGGAUAUUCGCAAGGCCAAGGUUGUGGACUGCGAGAAGAACAGCAAUGCAAUACUGGGGAACAUCGAUAAGGAUAUCAUCUACCAGAUGCGUGUGUUUGCCUACAGUCGCGGGGGGCAGGGGAAGAUGAGUUCACCCGCAACACGCUUCACUCUUGGAGGUGAAGUGCGUAUCGACCGCAGCACAACCAUCAUCAUGGCAGGUGGCGCCAGUGUGCUUCCGCCAUGUUGGUCACGGCGGUCUGUCUGCUUACUGCAAUUGUCUUCAUCUUCCGUGCCUAAGUUGUCCACAAACAGUGCUAUUUUCAUUCCUGCCAGUCUACAACAGAUUCAACUCCAAAAAUUCAUGAAUAUAAAAAAUGUUAACAAUGGAACUUAAUGAAUGGUAAAUUUGCUGUAUUCGUGAAUAGAUACUGAACAAACCAUUUGGGGUCAUGCAUAUUUGAGACCAUUUUUUAAAUAAAUUUUGUGCUCAGUUUUUACUUCACAAAAAUAUACAUGAUUCCUAACUUGUUUUGUUCAGUAUAUUGGUUCAUGGUUGUGGACGUGAAUAAUUCCUCAGUCUAUAUGUGACAAUGAUAUGAUUUGUAUUUGACGUGUUAAGAUCAAAUUAAGACCUCCCAUCACAGCUGAUUACCAUAUUCAUCUAAACUGACAUUGAUAAUAUCAUUUAUUAUUAAUUAUUUAGUAAAUGUGAUUUCAAAAUCCAACCCAACACAUUCCAUAUAUUUACAUAUAUAUAUAUAUAUAUGUGUGAUACAUAUACCAUCCAUUUUAUACCUAACAUUGUACAGUUUUUACAAUCUUUUACAAUACGUAUAAGUUUGCUAGUCCCUUUCCUUCUGCUGGGAAAUUAGUGCGUCUGUUGCCAUAAUGUCUCGCGAUUCUUUGCCAGUGUAUCAAGUAUUAAACUAUUUAUGCUUCGUGAAAUUGAAUCUUUUAUUUUAUGAUUUGUAUGUUCUAAAAUUUUAUUCAUGUUUGUAAGCGUAACUAGAUGCUGUUGAAAAGUGUGAAGUAUUUUUUAAGAAAAUGUCAGUUGUUUUGUAAUUUUGUAAUGUUUUUUUAAAAAGUGCAUGUUUGUUCUUUUUUAUUUUUCUGUGUAAAGGUUUCUGUUGCUGAACACUGUGUUUCUCUGUUCAGACCAUCAUCUUCCAUAAUGGUAACAUUCAGAGUAAUGAUUAGUUUCUAGGGUAAUAACAUGAUGGUUAUGAAAGUGGCAACUUGGUCAUUAUUAGUCCUCUUCCUCAUUUUUUUCUGUGAAUGGGAGCAUGUCAGACUAAUGAUUAGUUUCAAGGGUAAUAACAUAAUUAUUAUGAUGGUGGUAACGUCAGCGUUAACAUUCCUCUUCCAUAUUUUCUUCAUGUUGGGAGAAUGUCAGAGUAAUCAUUAAAGUUUCAAGGGUAAUAACAUAAUGAUUAUGAAACUGGUAACUUUAUCAUUAACAUUCCUCUUCAAUAUUUUGUUCAUGUUUAGAACAUGUCAGUGUAAUGAUUAGUUUCAAGGGUAAUAGCAUGUGUAUUGUGGUAAUUUAUGAUGAAAAUUUGCUUACACAUUCUAAUUAUUCUAUAAAUAAUAUAGAUAUGAGUAGUUUGAUGGGUAAUAGCAUCAAAGUGACAUUUAAUCAUUGUGUCCUAAUUUCAUACUCAUAUUGUAAGAGCUAUUACAAAUAACAACACAACGACAACUAUAAAUUUGUUCCCUUUCGUCUGUAAAAUAAAUUCAAUAGGAUGUGCAGGUUUAUGAUCUCUUUCAUGGAAUUAAAAUUAAAUUUAGGGUGCAGAAAUUGUGUGUAAAAUUUAGGCAUAUAUUUUUAGAUAAAGUUAUACAGUGUAUUUCAAAUUGAAAUAAUCUCCUGGCUUGUGAUGCUUUCUAUAUUCAUUUUACAGUCUCAUCAAUGCUACCAGAAUUCCAUAUGUUUGCCAAGUAUGUGUGCUUAUGUCAGGGACUAUUGUAUAGAUAGUACUUGCGUGGAUAGAUAGUAAUGUACUGGUACAUAUAGUUGUAGGAGAGCUCUGUAGUCAUCCAUUCAUUUACUUUCCAUGUAUUUUGUACAAAUUGUAUAUAGUUUGUCAUCGAUUUUAUUCAUAUAAACAGACAUUGUGAUUUCAUGGAAUUAAAUGAAUGCUGCAUACUAUACAUGAAUCAAUAUGUGGCACUUUACAUACUUUAUAAGUGUACAAAUACUCUCCAUUACAUAGAAAAUAUUUUUCAAAUUAUAUUUUUUAAUCUUACCAAAUGCACAAAAUGUAACUUUCUGCUUUUCAUAUUGUUGCAGGAGAACAUAUAAUUUGUUUCAGGAAAAUAUCAUUUUCUAUUAGCAUUAUGUUUGUAUUCCUCGGUGAUACGCCCUUUAUAAAUUGUCAGCGAUCAAAGCUUCAAAGAAUCUCACAUCUUGAACAGCUGUUAAUUCUAACUUUAAUACUCUUUUACUCAUAAACUGUUUAACCUACAGAUCACAGGGAUGUGAAGGUGACAGAAAAAUAUUCUGAUGUGAAAAUACUGUUUUUGAAGGUGAACUUCAGUAGCAAAAGAUACUCAUUUGUUAUGCAAUGUAAACAAAGAGAUUUUCGGCACAAAUUCCUGUUGUUUUGUGAAGUGUUCUACAAGAAAGACAUUUUCUCCUCAGAACAAGGAGCAUAAAAGAGUGUUCUGUGAUUGUGUAAUGACUCUCAUUUGCAUAAUUUGAUAAAUGUAAAUCAAACAUUGCCCAGUUGGCUUUAUCCCACUCAGCAGCAGUACCUGGUUUUACAGAAUCUCAACUCAUUGGGAGAUUAUGUUGAGUGGGUUGGAAUUAUGAAAAGGAUUUUUGACUAAACAGCUGAGCAUCUUCAUUGAGCUCAUAUUAUACACUGUUGAAAAGGAAUUUGCAAUAUACAGCUGAGUAUUUUCUUUGAACUCAUAAUAUACACUGAAAACGUAUAGGUUUUAUAAACUGAAUGUUUAUUUGGAUUUCAUUGUUAAUAUGUUGAAGUUGUCAUUUGCAUGAAAACUCCAUCUUUGGGAGUUUUUCCUUAAGGCAAACCACAUGAGAUCUUAUUUCUGUUUAACAACUUAUUUUAUCGUUGGUGUGUAUUGUAUUAAUACAUGAACAAGAGUCGUUUACUCCUGCUGUCUUUUGCAAGAGUUGUCGCCCUUGGUUGACCGGAAAUGACUAUGGUACUUCACUUAGAUUCUAAUGGCAAUACUCCUGUAAAAUCAGUUUGUCUGUUUUGAGAUGUAUAAAGAUUUGAUAAUGCACUGAUUGUUUUCAAUCAUUGUUUUACAUAAGAUAUAUAUCAUUUUGUAACAAUAAAUAGUUUAGGAUAA